GCCGCACACGCGAUCAGUUUUCAAGGUGCCAAAAGCAAGUCAGCUGUAGUCUAGCGGAAGUCAGUAGACCGACGAAUUCCCUUUGCAUAGAUCGCACAUUUUCUUGAGGAUCCUGUUAUCUUUUAGCGUUUUCCUUUCCCAGCGAGUCGUACUAGAAGUCGAGAAUGUCGGUUCCACAAUAUCUUACGGAAGCGCAAAAGAAAGAGCUGGCUGACAUCGCCAACCGUAUUGUCGCCCAGGGCAAGGGAAUUCUCGCUGCUGACGAAAGCACUGGCAGCAUCGCAAAACGUCUGGCAUCGAUCAAUGUGGAGAACACCGAGGAGAACCGGCGCAUGUACCGUCAGUGCCUGUUCACCGCUGGAGAUGCCAAUCAGCUGUCUCAGAAUUUGGGUGGUGUGAUUCUGUUCCAUGAAACUAUGUACCAGAAGGCUGAUGAUGGACGCACUUUUGUGCAAGUCCUUAAGGAUGCUGGAAUCAUCGUCGGCAUCAAGGUUGACAAAGGUGUGGUACCGUUGGCUGGAACGGAAGGAGAAACAACCACUCAGGGUCUGGACGGUUUGGCCGAGCGAUGCGCACAGUAUAAAAAGGACGGGGCUGAUUUCGCCAAAUGGCGCUGCGUCUUGCAAAUUGGACCCCGUACUCCAUCGGCGCUGUCCAUCAUGGAGAACUGCAAUGUGCUCGCGCGUUAUGCCAGCAUUUGCCAACAGAACGGUUUGGUCCCUAUCGUCGAGCCGGAAGUUUUGCCAGAUGGCGAUCAUGAUCUGGAACGCGCCCAAUAUAUCACUGAGCAGGUGCUUGCAGCCCAAUACAAAGCUCUCGCAGACCACCACGUUUUCUUGGAAGGCACUUUGCUGAAGCCCAACAUGGUCACCGCUGGACAGCAGUGCCCGAAGAAGUAUUCGGCCCAGGAAAUUGGACGUGCCACUGUGACAGCUCUCAACCGUACUGUUCCGGCUGCUGUUCCCGGUGUUGUAUUUCUCUCUGGUGGACAGUCUGAAGAGGAAGCGACGGUCAAUCUUAACGCCAUCAAUACCUAUCAGGGCAAAAAGCCGUGGAAGCUGACCUUCUCAUUCGGUCGAGCUCUGCAGGCAUCUGUUCUCAAAACUUGGGCUGGCAAGAAAGAAAACUACAAACAGGCUCAGGAAGAACUGGUUAAGCGCGCCAAGGCUAAUGGACUUGCCUGCCAGGGCCAGUACCAAGGUGGUGAAGCGGGGGCAAAUGCUGCUGAAUCGCUGUAUGUUGAAAAGCAUGCUUAUUAAACGCUUGUCUCACGAUUUAGUUUCUUAAUUUGGUGAUGAAAACGCUAUCAAAAUUGCACUGCUGGCUUUCGACACUUUGUGGUCAAGUUCCGGUUCUAAAUACAGGACGGUUUUGGUUUUUGUCAAUUUUAACUGUGGUUUUGCAGUUUUCCGUGUUUCGUUUUGGGCUGUUUUCUUCCUGUUUAAAUUAAGAUGCUUUUGCGAUAAUGAUUAUUGCGCUUCCCAGAGUCUGAAAUCAAUUAAAGCAGCGUCGUUAGUAA